AAAUGAGCCGAGACGAUAAAUGUAUUUACUUAACAACGCGUUGGAUAUCACACAUUAAUGUGUUUAUAUAUGUUCAAGCUUGUCAAUAAUAUCCCUAUCUAAAUCGCAGCGGAUACAAGUCAAAAUAAUUUUGUCCAACAACAACAGCAGCCUCAACAACAACAACAACAACAACAGCAGCAACAACAACAGAUACACCAGCAAGGACAAUAUUCCAGACAACAAAACCAGCCCUUUAGUCAGCCGAUGCAAGUGGGUGCGUUUGACAGAGGCUUUACUAUGAAUCAACAGGGCAAUUAUCUAACCAACAGUCCGUAUCAAGAUCCAUACCCAUUUGCCCAAGUACAAGGACCCGCGCAAACCGGAUUUCCCUUCGCACAAAGUUAUCCAUACACAAAUCAAAACCCCUUGAAUGUAUCCAAUAUUGCUCAGCAUCCAAUCUACAAUUCUUUACAACCCCAAGGAGCGACAGCCCUCGAGCAUCUCCGCCCUUACAUUCAAACUCAGCCAACUCCAAUCUUCAUUCUCCCAAGUAAUCCAGUCGUACAACUGCCCUCCACUCAAGGACCCAACUGCCCAAACACCAGAACCGGAGCUUGCGGGACACAGUUUUGCUGUUCACCAGCACCAAUGCCACCCCCUUACAUUCCUUAUCCAUGUCCACUUCCUUAUCCAACUCCAUUCUGUCGUCCAGCGCCAAACUGCCGAGACUUUACCAACUGUCAUGACACUUCAAACUGCAAAGACUCAUCAAACUGUAGCUGCUGUCCCAAAAGACCUUUCGAUUGUUCACCUUGCGAUUUUACACGCGAGCAUCGUUGCGAACCAACUCAUGACACUAUUUGCAGCAAGACGAAUUGUCCUGCAUCAAUAAGUCUUCAAGCGUUGGCGUCACAAUUGUUAUCAAUACCCGGUGUGAUAUCAUGCGCAGCAACGCGUCUCGUCUUACGUCGAGUUCCCGGUUCUAAUAUAAGAAAUUCAACAGAAGAAACCGUCGAACGUGCGCGGAAAACAAUAAAUACCUUAACCCAGGAACAAUUAUUGACAGAAACACGAAACGCGCAGCAAAUAAACGCCCUAAUAAAUCUUCACAUGGCAGCAAAUCCACCAGCAAAUAUAAUUCCUCUUCUAACAACAGUUCAACUAAAAGUAAAUGUACUUAAAAAUCAACUAGAGUCAAUAAUAAAUCACCGGAUUUGUGAAAAUCAAGGCGCGGGAGCUGAAACUUGCGUUGGUUUGGAUCCGACAGUUUUAUCUUUCAAGUCUGAUCAAGAGUUGAGAACAUUACUGGCAACAUUGAGACAAAAGGAAUGCGAUGAACGUGUAAAUCUAAACUUUGCGUCUUAUCAUUCUCAACGUGUAAUUGCUGAAACUAGACUGAGGAAUAUCGAGGAUAAAAUAACAGCCGUUGAAGCUGAAAUAGAGAGACGUAGAUGUGCUUGUAUACCACCAACACUUAGACAAACAAGACUAACGUGUCAUGAUUCUCGUGGUACUGUUUGGCAUGCUUAUCCAGGUACUUUACCAGCAUCAUCAACUCCCAUGAAUUUUGCUUCAUUUAACCAACGACAAAUAGGUCAACCACUUGGACAACCAUCUCCACGUGAUUGUUAUUCAUCUGAUCCAUUUAACUUUGAUGAUAGAAAUCCUAGACGACUAAAUUUACGACCUCAUGUUGGCAGUCCCGAGACCACUUAUCGUAAACCUCCGGCUCUUAUCAAACAGAAUUCCGAUAAACUAAUCAAAGACAGUGAUGACGACUGUGACAUUGAUACUGCCGAUAAUAAUGAUACCAAUACUUCCUCUAAUAAUGAUAAUAGUAACAGUAAUAAUGAUGAUAAUGACGACAAAUGUAAUUGCGAUUGCGAUAAAUCCACAGAGGAUGAAAAUGAGGAUAAAAAAAAACUUCAAAAAAAAGUAAACGAAGCAGAUCAAGACGGAGAGACUGAAAUUUAUAUGAAAAAUAAUUUUAAAAAUAAAAAUGUUUAUUUUUAUGACGAUAUUAAUUUUAAUGAGCAAUUAGAAAAUAAUGAAAAAAAUGGAGAUGUUAUUGAAGAUCUGAAUGCUAGUCAAGUUAUUGAUGAAAAAAAUAAUUCAAUUAAUAGAAAAUAUGGUAAUUAUGCGAGCAAAGAUGUUAAGACUUCAAGGAUUUCCAGCAUGAAUUUGAAGACUAGUAGUAGUAGUAAUAAUAAUAAUAAUGAAAUAAAAAUAUCAAGACAAGUAAUUCAAGAUAAAUUACUUCUUCAAUUGAAUUCAGCUGUCGAUUUACCUUGCAAUUCAUCAAACAACUAUCAUCACCAAGAGAGUAAUAGAGAACUGACGAGCGAUGGAAAUAAAUACACAAAGCCUUUGACUGAGCAGCGAAAUCUAUCAGAAAGUGGGAGUGAAGAAGAAAUUACGGGACUAGAUAAAUUUAUAUAUGGAGCACUUUCAGUUAUCGGUGGGUUUAGUAAUCAAUUGGCGUCAUUUGGUUCAAUUAUUGGUAAUAAAAUAUCAGCUUUAAAAUCACAUCUGGUACCCGAAAUUUCUAAUCCAUUAUUACCGAGUUUCUCUAAUAAUUUACCCAAUACUUCGCACAAUUCGCAUUAUUUACGUCAUGAAAAUUCAAAUACAUUUAUAGUAAAUAAUAGUAGAGUGAAAAGAUUAAAUUUGAGUAGUAGUGGAAUUAAAAAUACAGGAGGUGAAUUAUUUAUAGAAUUUAAUUCAAAUGAUAAAUUAUCUAAAAUAAAAAAUAUAAUUAUCGAAGAUAAAACGAAUGAAAAAAUUUACAUUUUAAUGAGACGAACAUUGAAUAGUAAUAAUAAUGAUGAUAAUAAAUUGUGGAAAAAGUUAUACAAAGAAGAUAAAACUCUAUUGAUAAGAAGUAGAUUUAAGAAUUCUCAAUCAAUGUCAUCAAGAAUUCAAUUGACACCAUUUAUUCCUUUUACGGCUGUUACACAACCGAAAUGUCUGAGUAAAAAUACGGUGGUGGUUAAAAAAAAUUCACCGAUGAGUACAAGUCCAAGGGAGUCGAGGACAAAGGCCGAGAUAAAGAUGGAGACGAGGAGAGUAUUAUCUGAAUUGUCAUUAUCAAAUGUUGGUUGUAAUAAUAAUCGAUAUGGUUCAAUGGAUGUUAUUAAAAGUAGCAAAAAGUUUAGGUCUUUAUCUAAAAUUAAAAAGUUUAAAGAGAUAAAAGAAGACUUAGAAAAUGAAACAGAGAUAAAUUAUGAAUACCAAGUAACUUUGAGGGAAAAUUCAUCCUCAUUUGAUAGCAGAAGCAACAAAAGUAAUAGUUUUAGUUUCACCAGUAGAAGCUGUAGAAAUACCAAAAGUACCAGCGGAGAAAGUUCCUUUGACGAAAUAUUAAAAGUUGAAAUUUUAAAUUUAAAAUCAAUGAAAAAUAUAAUGGAAAUUUCGACAGAGUCAAUUCUUAAUAUUCACGAUUAUUCUGAAUUAUAAAAUUUAAUAUUACGAUUUUUUUAUAUGGAUAUAUAUUUAAAUAUAUAUGAAAAUAUUUUCAUAAUUUAAAUAUUUAAUUAUAUUAACAUAUUGAUUAAAUUAUUUCAAAUUCAAUAGUUUUAUUUUAUUUAUUUAUAAAGUACACGGGAAAAA